CCUCUUUCUGAUAAGAGUAUCACGUACAUCAGCCAUGGCCGCUUAGCCAAUCUUGGUGAGCACCUAUCUACUGGAACCCAAAGGGAUUGCAGAGAUAAUGUAGAUGGCAAGCUGGUGCAAAAUAUUGCUCUUGCAGGUUCCGGCAAUUUUGUGAGCUCUACUACUGGAUCCGAUUCCUCUCUGAUUUCUGGUGAUGGCAUAGCCCCUUUUACUGGUCUCUCUACUGCCUCUCUAAAUAGCGGUAACACCUCUAGUAACGGCAACACUUUGUUUAACAGUGUUAGUGCCCAUGACACUUCUAUAGCCGACAACCUGAAUGACGGAAAGUUAUUUGCUAAUGAUUUUCUGCUUCCCAUCGCUAGCGUCGCUAGCUCUGCCAAUGUUACUCGUCAUAACUUAUCUGGCCCACUUGAUCACUCCAUCUCCAAAGAAGCUAAUAACCCUUUCUCCACUCAUUCAGCGGCCACUACAUCAACAGCUACCAUCACAGCAAUUGCAGGUACCUCUACUUCUUCAGGUCGGUUUAUUAGCUUCGCGCCUUCAGGACACUUGAUCAACACACCAGUCGCUAUGGUAAAUACAGGUAUGGAUCAAACUUCUGUCGGAUUUUCAAACGAGGCUGUAUUGGGAAGGCCUCUGCCUACCGGUCAUAUGCUUGUCACUGCUUCCGAUACGGAUGCUGGCAAAAUUCUACCUGGUCGUCAGGCUAUCGCACUUUCUGGACAAACAACCCGCUUUGGCUCUGCUUAUUUCAAUAGUGUUUCCGAUGACACGUGUUCCUCAGGGCUAGGUACUGUCCUUAUCACGGCUCCUCUUGGUGAAACCACUACAUUUUCACCAACACAGGGUUCCAUCCCUAUGACUACUCCUACCAUAACCACUUCAAUGGAUAGUUCACUCACGAUGACUUCUACUAACUCCAAUGGCGGAACUGUCCAAUCAUUCACUUUGCCUCCUGGGCUGACUCUGGUUUCUCCUCUUAGUUCCGGUCAAAAUUCUACUCCUAUUUCUGGCAGUACUCAGCUCACGUUGCUUCGUCUGCCUUCGGGAGACUUUACUCCGCUUCACUCUGUGAUGACAAAUCCAACUUCGGUUAGUUCCAUUGUUCCAGAGUUUUCUCCUCCAUCAGCUGGACUUCUUCUUCAAUAUGAUGGUUCUUUGAUUCAAGCUUCAGGGAUAUCCUCUUCUGAUGACUUUUCGACCUCUUUUACCGGACUCUGUCCCAGUCAGGCUUCUUGCACCACUCUUAGGCCAGCUUCCUUUCUGCUCCAGCAAUCACAGCAGCCGCAACAGAAUCAGCGAGUCAUUCUGGCCACUGACAAUCAGCGAUUGACUUUAGCUGCCUUGCCACUACCCUCUCGAGAGAUAUCAACCAGCCGUCCAGAUUUUGUUCCGAACUCUUUAAUUUUGGCCAACUCUUGUGAUAGUAGAGUAACGAAUAGGCUUGAUGAAACUAACCAAGAAGCGGCCACUACUACUUCUGGUUUUCAGCAAAAUUUUCCUCCAGGUGCUCGAUCAUCUGAACUUAGCGCCACAUCAGGACAGAAUUGCGUUCUGGGGAAGCAAGUCAGCUUGGAUGCCGUGGUUUCGGCAUCAUCUUUUACUGUUAGUUCGACAUCUUCUUCAUUUGUGCAGCUUGGC